AUGGGCUUUGCCUACACCCCCUCUACCUCUCUACCCUUUGUCGCAUACAGGGUCUUAUCCCCGACCUUGGGCUGGAGAGUCUUCUCCGCGCUGGAGAGCCCAGGCGAGGCGGAGGCGCGGGCGCGCUGGGGCGCCACGCUGCGCAACUUCAGCGCAGCACACGGCGUGGCCGAGCCGGAGCCGCGCGCCUUCCUCCGGCACUACGAGGCCGCACUAGCCGCGGGUGUCCGCGCCGACGCUCUGCGCCCGCGCUGGGACUUCCCCGCGGCACACGUCGCGCGCGUCUUUCCUCUCCAUGCCUUCCACCUGCUGCCCUCCUCACUGCGCCGCGGCUUGGUCCGCGCCUUCCUCCGGCACUACGAGGCCGCACUAGCCGCGGGUGUCCGCGCCGACGCUCUGCGCCCGCGCUGGGACUUCCCCGGCGCCUUCUACUUCGUGGGCACCGUGGUGUCGACCAUAGGUUUCGGCAUGACCACCCCUGCGACGGUGGGCGGGAAGGCCUUCCUCAUUGCCUACGGGCUGUUCGGCUGCGCAGGGACCAUCCUAUUCUUCAAUCUUUUCCUGGAACGCAUCAUCUCGCUGCUGGCCUUCAUCAUGCGCGCCUGCAGGGAACGCCAGCUGCGCCGAAACGGCCUGCUGCCCGCCACCUUCCGCCGCGGCUCCGCGCUCUCGGAGGCCGACAGCCUGGCGGGAUGGAAACCCUCAGUGUACCACGUACUGCUCAUCCUGGGCCUGUUCGCCGUGCUGCUGUCGUGUUGCGCCUCGGCCAUGUACACCAGCGUGGAGGGCUGGGACUAUGUGGACUCGCUCUACUUCUGCUUCGUCACCUUCAGCACCAUCGGCUUCGGGGACCUGGUGAGCAGCCAGCACGCCGCCUACCGGAACCAGGGGCUCUACCGCCUGGGCAACUUUCUCUUCAUCCUGCUCGGCGUGUGCUGCAUCUACUCCCUCUUCAAUGUCAUCUCCAUCCUCAUCAAGCAGGUGCUCAACUGGAUGCUCCGCAAGCUGAGCUGCCGCUGCUGCGCGCGCUGCUGCCCGGCGCCGGGUGCACCCCUGGCUCGGCGCAACGCCAUCACCCCAGGCUCCCGCCUGCGCCGCCGCCUGGCCGCGCUGGGCGCGGAUACUGCAGCUCGCGACAGCGAUGCCGAGGGCCGUCGCCUGUCGGGCGAGCUCAUCUCCAUGCGAGACCUCACGGCCUCCAACAAGGUGUCGCUGGCGCUGCUGCAGAAGCAGCUGUCCGAGACGGCCAACGGCUACCCGCGCAGUGUGUGCGUCAACACGCGCCAGAACGGCUUCUCGGGCGGCGUGGGCGCGCUGGGCAUCAUGAACAACCGGCUGGCGGAGACCAGCGCCUCCAGGUAGACUGCACGCCCGCUCGCCUGCCUGGCGGCACUGGGGACCCUCAUCAGGCUACUGGGCCACAGGGCGUGAUUUGCUUCACUUCUCUCAGACGCUGGCGCUUUCUUAAUCUUUAUCCAAUAAAAUAAAACCAAAAAAAGUUUUUUUUAAGGAAAUACUAUUUGGCCGGGCCUGAUGUAAUCAAGGGUAGGUUUUGAGGGAAGCCUGUUUUCCUCGUGAGCCCCCUUUUAGAGAACAGUGGCCUCCAGCAUAUUUUCCAGGGAGAGAAAGGAGAAAAAGUGGCACCCCAGGCCCUCACCUAGUAUAUACCAUCACAAAAAUAAUGCCAUCCUUAGGUUUUGCAGACUGACACUAAACCCUGUCCCCGUGCACAUAAGCAGCCCGCAACCCCAAAACAUAUGGUGCAACUUUUCAUGGCUCUGAAUUACCUCCUCAGCAUUUAGAAUCCUGGCCCAGCCUAGCAGCUUCCUUCU